CUUCCCUGUCUUUUCUUUGCCCUAAAUUAUUUUUCGGGAAAACAUACUGAUCAUUUGUUCAAUGUCUCCUUCAAUUCAUGAUACUCUUUCAAUUCAACGUUUAAAUUCAGGUGUUUUCUUUUCAGCGGUGAAUGACUAAGGAAGGAGCUUUGAAAUGGUGGAAAACGUGAAAUUAGGUCUUUUUUGACUCAGAAUAUCCUUAAAUUUCCACAAGAAAACAUAUCUACUCCAUCUCCUAUGAAAAUUUCUCAAAAAUUGCUGUAAUUUAUCUCCAUCUUAUCAACCACCGACUGAAACCAGGUGUUGCAACCAGUUGGGUUCUGGUUCGGAAUAAGAUGCACCUUGAGUGUACUGGAAACCAAUGGAAGAUCCUCGUUCGGUAAAUAGUCCGAGAAGGACCCUAAGUUUCACUAAGGAUAGGAGGGCAACUGUGUCCUUUCCAGAUUCAGAUGAUGGGGCUUCUGGGUUUGGUGUUUCUGGAGAGCAUGGUCCAAAGCCUUCAGAAGUUUAUGGGUUUGUAGGCUCCAUUUCAACUGUUGUUGCUACAGUUAUUUUCUUGGUAUGGGCGUAUGUUCCCGAGAGUUGGCUGCAUUCUAUUGGGAUCUUUUACUACCCUAGCAGGUAUUGGGCAUUAGCAAUCCCAACUUAUGCCAUGGUGACGAUAGUAUUGGCAAUUGGAUUUUAUGUUGGCCUCAACUUCUUGGCAACCCCUCCUCCAACGUCAUACACCACAAUUUUUGAUGAAUUCAGCAGAGAGCCUUCAAGCUUUAUCUCUUCAUCAGAGGAAAAUGAUCAACCCAUUGAACCCAUUGCUGAUAUUGGCAUCAACCAAAUCAAUGACCUCAUGUUUAAUGAUUUGAAGUGACACUUCAACCUUGCUCUGUAAUUCUGACCUUAUGCAUAACCGGGAGAUUUGAGCUUUGCAAAUUUCUUGACGGUGCUGAAAUAACUAGACGUUGGCAAUCGCCAGUGGACGUUGUGGCUAUCUUAGAAUUAAUCAUCAAUUUCAGAGCCUGCGCUGUGGAAUUCCAACCUUGUUUAACUUUUACCUUAUCAAAACUUCUUUACUGAGGUUCUUAUAAUGUUGAGAUUUUAGUUCCUUUAGUCUCCUAAUU